CAGGGCAGCAAGGACGGCACCCAGGCAGCUGCCCCAUGGACAGGGCCCCACAGAGACACCACCGAGCCUCACGGGGUAAGAGGCCCCGCGGCCCUGCAGAGCUGCUGGCUACAAAGAAGACCCACACCUCACAAAUUGAAGUGAUCCCUUGCAAAAUCUGUGGGGACAAGUCGUCUGGGAUCCACUACGGGGUUAUUACCUGUGAAGGGUGCAAGGGUUUCUUCCGCCGGAGCCAGCAGUGCAGCGUGGCCUACUCCUGCACCCGCCAGCAGAACUGCCCCAUCGACCGCACUAGCCGAAACCGAUGCCAACACUGCCGCCUGCAGAAAUGCCUGGCACUGGGCAUGUCCCGAGAUGCAGUCAAAUUCGGCCGCAUGUCCAAGAAGCAGAGGGACAGCCUGCACGCAGAAGUGCAGAAACAGCUGCAGCAGCAACGGGAACAAGUGGCCAAGACCCCUUCAGCAGGGGCCCAAGGAGCAGACCCCCUCACCUACACCCUGGGGCUCCCGGAUGGCCAGCUGCCCCUGGGGUCCUCGCCUGACCUGCCUGAGGCCUCUGCCUGUCCCCCUGGCCACCUGAGGGCCUCAGGCUCUGGGUCCUCUUAUUCCAACAACUUGGCCAAGGCAGGGCUCAAUGGGGCCUCAUACCACGUCGACUACAGCCCCGAGCGGGGCAAGGCUGAGGGCAGAGCGAGCUUCUACAGCACAGGCAGCCAGCUGAGCCCUGACUUUGAGGAACGCAGGCAUCCUGGGCUUGGGGAACCAGGGCAAGGCUCGGACAGCUACUGCAGCCCCAGUUUCCGCAGCACCCCAGAGGCACCCUAUGCCUCCCUGACGGAGAUAGAGCACCUGGUGCAGAACGUCUGUAAGUCCUACCGAGAGACAUGCCAGCUGCGGCUGGAGGACCUGCUGAGACAGCGCUCCAACAUCUUCUCCCGGGAGGAGGUGACCAGCUACCAGAGGAAGUCCAUGUGGGAGAUGUGGGAGCGCUGUGCCCACCGUCUCACGGAGGCCAUUCAGUACGUGGUGGAGUUUGCCAAGAGGCUCUCGGGCUUUAUGGAGCUGUGCCAGAAUGACCAGAUCGUGCUACUUAAAGCAGGGGCCAUGGAGGUGGUGCUGGUCAGGAUGUGCCGGGCCUACAACGCCGACAACCACACCGUCUUCUUUGAAGGCAAAUACGGUGGCAUGGAGCUGUUCCGAGCCUUGGGCUGCAGCGAGCUCAUCAGCUCCAUCUUCGACUUCUCCCGCUCCCUGAGUGCUUUGCGCUUUUCUGAGGAUGAGAUUGCCCUCUACACAGCCCUCGUCCUCAUCAAUGCCAACCGACCAGGGCUCCAAGAGAAAAGGAAAGUAGAACAGCUGCAGUACAAUCUGGAGCUGGCCUUUCAUCAUCAUCUCUGCAAGACUCAUCGCCAAGGCAUCCUGGCAAAGCUGCCACCCAAGGGGAAGCUUCGGAGCCUGUGUAGCCAGCACGUGGAAAAGCUGCAAAUGUUCCAGCACCUCCACCCCAUCGUGGUCCAAGCUGCGUUUCCCCCGCUCUACAAGGAGCUCUUCAGCACUGAAAUCGAGUCACCUGAAGGGCUAUCCAAGUGACCUGGAGGAGGGGCUCCUUUCUUCUCCCUGCAACCUGCUGGCCCAGCUCCCUGGACCUGCUCCACCCUCAGCCUUUUCCUCUCCCACGUCCUCUGGAAGGUGGUCG